GAUCUCGCACGAAUCCUCCAAGUGUCCCGCACUACUCUGUGGAAAUUUAUUCGUCAACAUGGCCUAGAAAAACACUUUACAGUAAUUAGUGAUGCUGAUCUCGAUCAACUUGUGAGGACUUUCAAAGAAAGUAAACCAGAAUCAGGAUUCCAGUACCUUGUUGGCUUCCUUCGACGCCAAGGUUUUCGAGUUCAG